GGUUCCGCCAUGGAGGGCCCGGGGUCGUGGUCGAGCUCGGGCGGUGCGGGGCGGCCGCUGACGGAGGACGAGAUGGCGGAGGUGAAGAAGGAUGCUUUGGAAAGGAUGCGUCCUUACCUGUGUGAUAAGAUCAUAGCUGAGAGACACUUUGAUUACCUGCGCUCCAAGAAAAUACUCACCAGGGAGGACACAGAGGAAAUUUCUGCUCGAUCUUCCAGUAGGAAAAAAGCUGGGAAGUUGUUGGACUACUUAGCAGAAAAUCCAAAGGGACUAGAUACUCUGAUUGAAUCUAUCAGACGAGAAAGAACACAGAACUUCCUGUUACAAAAGAUAACUGAUGUAGUGCUGAAAGUCAAAAAUGAAAAGCUUGAAGCUCUUAAAGGUUUAAGCUGCAGCACCUGUAUGACCUCACUGUAUGGAGGAACAAAUAAUCUUUCUAGAUCAUUUUCUGAUGAAUCAAAUUUCCUGGAUAAAACAAAAGACAAAGAAUCUACCCAGAUACAUCACCCAGAAGAAGAUUAUAGCACCGCCGCAUUUGUGUCUGCCGUGUCUCUUCAUUCAAUGAAUUUGCCAAUUGCAGAGAUGGGAAGUUCACAGUGCAGUGUUUUCUCAGCCACCCUCCCGGGGCCUGGGGACCCUGGUGCACCCCCGCUGCCCCCAGAGCUGCAGGCAGAGCAGCAGGAGCCAUGCACCAGCUCAAGUGACAAUUGCUUUUUGCCUUUAAGGUCACGUUCUGUUCAGCCACAGUGAACGCAGAGACUUUCCUCUGUUCCUCUGAAUGGUACUGAAACUUUGUGGGAUGGCUCAUAAAGGCUAAAAAAUGUUUUCAAACUGUUAGGAAAAUUGGAGGAAAUAAUCUAUGCAAUUUCUGUUUUAAUUUUGUAAUUGUGUGAUGCUGGUGCUGCUUGACUUUUUUGUUUUGUUUUUAGGGAGCUUUGUACAAAAUACUGUGGUGUUACAGCAACAAAUGUUUGUUUUUUAAACCAAUGUGUAUAAGAUUUCACAUUUAGUGUAUGAGAUUUCAUACCAGCAGAUACUUUAGCUGGAAUUACAGAACAAAUGGGUUUUUUCUUUCUGCAGAAACUAACAAAUCAACUUUUCUUAAUGUUUCUAGGAAAGAUGGUUAGGAAAAGUCCUGAAUAUGGAAAAAAAUCUGAACUAAAAACUUAAGCUUACUUACCAAAAAGCUUAAACUCAUUUACCAAGUUAAAUGUUUCUCACUAGGAUAAAUUCUGCUCUCCAUGUAUAUGUGUGCUGCUCCACUUGCAAAAAUCCUCACAAAUCUGGCCAAAUCAUGCUUAUUAGCAAGGAGUUUCUUCCUUGUGUGAGCUUUGUCCUACUGGUACAUCAAGAGGCAUCAGUAUCACAAAUACACUUCUGCAGCCCUCAGCCUAUUCUUCUUGUGUAUUAGUUAAAGAUUCCAGAUUUGAGAUGCACUUUAAAUAUAAUUUCUCUUUAGUACUGGAAAAGGAAUGUAAACUGCUCUACUGGCAUUGUGAGGGCUGUAAGAACACAUUACUGUAGGAUGCUAUUAAGGAGCAAAGCUUGUAUGCUUUGUCCCACUAGGGAAGUGGAGGAGAAGCUGUGUGACACAAAAGUAUCUGUACCUGAAGGACUCUUGGAAAUGUGGCACUUCAAAUACCUCCUCUUCAAAGCAGACAGACAGGUUUACAUUUCAAAUUGUUUAGAGUCAAAUGCAUUCUUUUUCAACAUGGGAAGGUUCUCAUUUCUUGCCACCAUGUCACACACUGUAUUCCUCUCAUACUGGAAUUGUAGCCUACCUUUUGUGCACGUGCCUACAAUAAUUUCAAAAUGACCUGGUGGAUUCUUAAUUUG